UACGUCAAUUGCCGGCAUACGGCGACGAAUUCGGUGUGUGCAUUUUAUUGUCUGAACGCUUGGUUUCAUUGCACAGGUGUGUCACUCACAUAUGGAAUCUGUAUAAAUUUUUACAGAAGCGGAACCAUCAAACGCAGCUGGGUAGUAUAAAAGCACUACUCGGGUAGUGUAACUGGAAAAAUGUAUGUACAAUAUUUUGAAAGGGCUGCUGAACAGAAGUGUCGAACAAAUUACUGAGUUACUCGUAUUUUUCGCUUAAACCGACAAUGCUGGACAAAUCGGUGUUUUUCUAUGGCGUCCAAGUGUGGCUGAUCGCAUGCCAAAUUGCCGGCCGAUCGGAGGCGGCUUGCUCGUUUAACCGCGGCGACAAGAUCCCGGCCAACUUCGAAUGCCGGGUACAGUUCGGAUCGGGGGCGGGACAGUUGAAUUUCCAGUCGGAUGGCAAUCUGGUGAUUUACGACGGUAGCGGUCGUUCCAAGUGGGACACCCAUACCGCCGGCCGCGGGGAUCAGGCCGUGUUCCAGACCGACGGGAAUCUGGUGAUCUACGAUAUCGCCAACAAAGCCGUGUGGAACAGUCAGACAGCGGGCAGAGGACGUCGGCUGGUGUUCCAGGAUGACCGCAAUCUGGUAAUCUACGACAAUGCCAAUAAAGCGGUGUGGAAUUCCGGCAGCGAAAUUGUCUGUAAAUGAUGUGGAAUGGAUUGAAUAAGGGGUGUUGAUUCAGAAACGAGCACCUCCUAGUUCUUGGCUGUGCAAGCUGCUUUCUAGUGUAUUAAGCUCUUUAAUAUCGUAAAACUUAGAAGGCUAAAUUUAAUAUUUUUACUUCAACUAUUUGGCGUUUGUUGAAUCGAUCGAUCUGUUGGAAGCCUGUUAGAACCGCAUUACUAACACUGUAAUACGUGUUGUUUUCUGACCAAUCUCUGUACGAAAAUAAUCAUAUUUAUUGCUAACUUUUAUACCGUCUUUCAUUCAAAAAUAAUGGAACGAUUCAAGUAU